UUGUCAAAGCAACCAUAUACAACAGAAAUAAAUGGCAAGAAUAUGAUUAUCACCUUAAGAAAUAUACAAAGAGAGCAAUUACCAAACUCAACCUAUGCUAUAAAGUUAAACCCGCAAUGGCAAAGUUAAUGCUUGUCAGAAAAAGAGAUGACUUUGGUGGAUCUUCGAUUUUGCAAAUCGCAAAAACCAAUAAAGAAUUUAUAGAACAACCCGCUUGUCAAGAUACAAUCAAUGACAUUUGGAUGGGUUCAAUAGAAUUAGAACGAAACCCGAAGUGGAAAAUCGGACUUUGCCUUAUUCUUCCAAUAUUUGCAAGCAUUCUGUUGAGGUUCAAGGAAGACAAGGCCCACAAAAUAAGAAAUAUACAUUUUUUAAAGGCUAUGGCUGAAAAACUGUAUUAUUUUUUAAACAGCCCGAUCGUCAAAUUUCUGUACAGCACAUUGUCCUUUAUUGCAUUUGUUUUAAUGUUUGCAUUAGACAUCUUGUUCAAUGUCUUUGACAAUUAUACAUUUGGAGAUCUUUGGUUGAUGGUAUGGGUCGCAAACAUUUUGACGGAAGAAAUAAAACUGUUUAUUGACAGGGCAGUGUGUUUUCGAGAUCCAUUGACAUGGAUGGAUAUUACUGCCAUUGCAACGUUUAUCUGCGGCAAAUCUUUGCAGUUGACUGGCUUUCUCGAUGAAGGAAGAAUACUGUUUGCAAUCUCAUUUAUGACGUUUACUCUAAGGUUUUUGAACGUGUUUUCAGUGCUGGAAAAUAUUGGACCACUAUUGGUAAUAAUUGGACGGAUGUUCAAAGACUUGACAAGGUUACUCCUCAUACUUUCAGUUGUAUACUUAUCGUUUGCGGUAACCAUACAGACAGUUCUCUACCCUGUUUUGACAUUAAAUUGGCUUUCUAUAAGUGCUCUUAUUACACGUCAUUAUUGGAACAUUUUUGGCGACUUUUCCAAAACACUGGAGGAACUACAAGGAGAAAGAGACUGUGUCGAUGGACAACAAGGUGACGAAAACGGAAGAUUGACAACAUGUCCGACAGUUACAGGAACGUACAUUGCACCGCUCUUAUUGGCCGCGUUUUUGCUAGUUGUACAGAUAUUGCUUCUGAAUCUUUUAAUUGCAAUGUUUAGCAACAGUUUUGAUGUGAUUCAUCGUGACGCUGAAAGACACUGGUGUUUUCUAAGAUUCAAAUUAAUGAUUGUUUAUUCUUGUUUGCCCAUUAUUCCACCACCAUUUUCAUUAAUUCUGAACAUAUAUACAAUUGUUGUGUGUUUAGUUCGACGAUGUCAAGGCAAAGGGUCUUCACAAAUAAUAUGUAAGACUUUAACUGACAAAGAAAACCACAAGCUACAUUUGUGGGAAAGAAAUCAUACAAGCAAUACAGAAACUGAUAACGAAAUCUCAGACUCUGGCUCAAAUUAUUCAAAAGAAUCUGAUCACCGUUUCAUACGUUUUAAUGUUCAUAAAUCUAAGAACAUUAGAAAGAAUCUCGAAAAAUAACACCAAUUAAACAGUGCGUGUAUACGUGUAUGUGUGCUUUAAAGUGUAUGAGGUUCUUUAGGCGCCUGAGGCUGCAUUAUGAGAGGACCCGGACUGUAUCCAAGCAAAUCAAUUUAUUAGACUCCCAAAAGGUGGGAGUAAUCUAGAAUUAUAUGUAUUUCGUUUAUAAUGAAAGACAUUCAUUUGUGUUCGGUAGUGUGAUGUUUGGUAAUCUCACAUCCGCAGGUAUCAGGAAUUGAACCCAUCACAAUAAAAGGGACAGAAUUUAAAAUGCCUUAGCCGAUUUUUGCCAUUUAUCAAACUCGGUGGUCGAUAUAACAUGGGAUUGAUUCUAAAAUUGAGAUAUGAUCUUGGAAAGACUAUAGGGCACGCAUUAACAUGCCUUCAAAACAUGACGAUUUACCAUUACCUGUUGAUUUCAUAUAUUCGUUUAAUCUUUGUUAGUUCGAAGUUGGAAAAAUGCCCAUACUACUAAAUAGAAAUGCAUGAAAUGCAUUCAAUGUUAAAAACAAUGUGAAGACAAACUUCAGCGUUCGUCGUAAAAAUGCAUUUUACCUUCAACAUCUUAAACAUGUAUGAUUUGUUAGUCAUGAACCAUAUAUCGCAUAUACUUGAACAGUCUUUGUGCUAAAUGACUAAAACAACU